AUGAGAUUACGACCGCGGUGGUUUGGGGAUAGUAACAGAAGGCUAUCCAGGGGAUGUUGGAUUUUGAUUGGGCUUGUGGCCGUGCAACUCCGUCCGUGGCAGCUUCAAGUUUUUAAAAGCUCUCAUUGCAAACGGCUUCAAUGCAUGAUUUUAAUGAUUCGACUGAUCCAGAGUUUCCGAUACGAGAAUGCCGGUUGCAACGAUCGC